AUGAUUAUAUCCGGAGGAGGAGAUAAUAAAAGUUAUCUGUGGAGGUCAGAUACUGGUGAAAAGUUGCACGAACUUUCUGGUCACGAUGAUUCAGUUGUCUCAGUGUCAUUUAGCAAAGAUGGACAAUAUGUAGCAACUGGUGGUAUGGAUGGUAAAAUUAUGGUAUGGAAGGUUGAGAAUGGUCAACAUGUUGCCACACUAGAAGGUCCAAAUGAAAUUACAUGGUUGGAUUGGCAUCCCAAAGGCAAUGUUAUUUUGGCUGGUACUGCUGAAUCAACAAUCUGGAUGUGGCAAAUACCUUCAGGCAACUUUAUGAAUCUAUUCGCUGGACAUUCAGCAUCAGUUACUGCGGGUCAAUUUACUCCAGAUGGUAAAAAGAUUGUUACAGGAUCAGAGGAUUCAUCAUUAAUAGUAUGGGAUCCAAAAAAUGCCACAUCUAUUUUUAAAUUAUCAAAUGAUGACUCAAGAUUUCAUCAUGAAGGAAUAACUUCACUUGCUAUCAAUAAAGAAAAUAGUUUAGUUCUCACAGGUUCUAUGGACCAUUCUGCUAAAUUAAUCAAUCUAACAAAUGGACAUGUAUGA